GGCACGUGAUGUGUAGAGAUUUCCUUCGCAGAUCAGUGGGUUACAGAUAGUUAAAUGAAUAUUUGAGCCGGUAAAUGUCACAUGUUUAUGUGCUCAGUGAUAAACGUGGAGUAGAGUUACCGUAAUCUCAAACCGUAAGGAUGCUAAAGCCGAAAGUUCUCACUGAAAUCUUGGGCCAGGCAAUCAGUGGAGGAGUCAUCAGCUCACUACUUAUCAACCAAGAGGGCUCACUGUUAUCAUAUGCUGGAUCAGGUGAUAAGGAUGCUAAAGUGACAGCAGCCAUUGCAUCCAGUAUAUGGGCAGCAUAUGAAAAGAACGGAAAAAUGGCCUUCCAUAGUGAUGAGCUUAAAAUGAUCUUCAUGGAUUGCGAGGAGGGAAAAGUUGUCAUCACAAGGGUGGCUAAUCUAAUCCUUUGUCUUUAUGCACAACAAUCUGUAGGACUAGGAAUGCUCAAAGCAAAGGCAGAAGCAUUAGCUGAAUACCUCGAGCAACCACUGAAACAAGUUGCCACAUCAUGACAAGAUGAUUAAUUAAUCAAUUUACCCAUACACAGCCCUCAGUUAACAAAACCAAUUAACACAACCGAAGUGAUUUGCAAGGAAUCAUUGACUCUCACUUUACCUUGUGCUCCCAGUAUUUAGAUUUGUGUCAAUCCUCUUUUUAAGCUGAGAGGUUGAGUUUCAGAUGUGUUCAAUAAGCAAUCUAUCAUCUCUUUAAAAUAUCUAAAUAUUAACCUCCAUUUGGUGUGAAAAUUUUUUGUGAUAUUUGGUCAUGGACAUUGUCUGUUCUAAGAAGUGAACAAUUUUAUGAAAGCAGAGCUUGAGGAAACUGUGAGCUUCAAGGUGCAAAUGUCCAAGGGCAUAUAUACAUGCAACAUGUCAAGCCCAGAGAAAGCCAUUGUGCUUAUUAUCCUUCAAAUACUUUUCAAACCACCUUAAAUGAAAUGUGCUCAGUCAACUAUUUGCAGAGGACUUUUUUGCCUUAUUAAUUGUUGAAUAUUGACAAAUAUUAAUAGACAUUUCCCAGUUUUAGCAGGGGCAUGUUUAGACACCUGGCACACUUUAGCCAAUUGUACUUACUGUGAGCUAAAAUGUUUGAUGGACCCUUGAAAGACAUUUCCAGUGAACAAGCACAAGGUCUUAAUUGAUGUAAACCCAAUUCUGGCAACUGAAACUAAGGAAUGUAUAGCAAUCGAAAAGGAGAAUUUAAAAUUGGAUUUUGAGUAGUUAGAGAGGGAGUUUUAUGUUGGAAUUCACAACUGAGGCCGAUAAUUAGAAUUUGUGAAGGCACAACCAGAUGCAUUGAUACUCUACUAUUUUUAACUAAAUUAAGUUUGAAAUCUGAGGUUAAUAAAACACAAAACAUGAAAAUGUAGAGUUGAGUUGUCAAAACAUCUAAGAUAUAAGUUAAUGAUGGGACUUUGAUAAUGUUGGAAACAUCAACAACUUUUUCCUAAAUACUUUACAGAGAAGUGUGCUUAUCAGGUGAUGAGUCACUGUUAGUAUUUAAUACCACUUUAAAUGAGAUUCUCUAGAUCAUUACAUGUAAUUUUUGCUGCUCUUACUGAGAGUAAAUCUAAGUUAAGCAUCAAGCCAGAGAAUGCGGACUUUGAAUAAAACUCUUUGACAGUA